AUGCCACCGAAAAAGGGAGGAGCAACAAAGUCGAAGGCGGUGCCUAAGAAAGCCGCGGCGGCAGGCAAGGCCAAGGCCACUCCCCCGGGGAAAAGGAAGUCGCGCGCCAGCAGUGUCCAGCCCGGCGACCCUGUGCCUCAAGGAAAGAGGAGACGUUACAGACCCGGCACUUUGGCACUCAAGGAGAUCCGCAACUACCAAAGGACGACAGAUCUCCUGGUUGCUAAGCUUCCCUUUGCGCGAUUGGUCCGCGAAAUAGCCAUGCAAUUCCGCCCCAUGGACGAGGAAAUGCGCUGGCAGUCGCAAGCCAUCCUGGCCCUGCAAGAGGCCGCCGAGGCCUUCCUGGUCCACCUAUUCGAGGACACCAACCUGUGCGCCAUCCACGCCAAGCGCGUUACCAUUAUGCAGAAGGACAUCCAGCUGGCUCGUCGGAUACGCGGCGUGUGGGGAGGUGCUGGAUGGGUAUGA